AGCAGGAAGAAGCAAGAUGCAGUCAGGGUGCACACUGGAGCAGAGUGGUGUGGAGGAACACAACACACUGGUGGUGGAUGAGGACGCACCAGACAGGGGGCGAUGGCCGACGUUGCCUGUUCAAGCUGCUCCUCCUCUCCGGGAGCACAGCUGACCACUUUGUCCACCUCCCCUUCCUUGUCCCGUCUCCGUGCUGCCUCCUCUUCCUGCUGAAGACCAUGGAGGACGUCUUCAAGGUCACAGAAACCACACAGGCCCGGCCACCUCUCCUGGAGCGGCAGGUUCGCCAGCGACCGUCCAAAGUUUCCCUCCUCAAAUCCAACCUGAAGAAGGGCAUGACCUGCUCUGUGCCCAGGUUCCGGUCCACCCUGACCGGGUUCUUCCCUGUGGUGGGCUGGCUGCCUAAAUACAAGCUCAGAGAGUACAUCUGGGGCGAUGUCAUGUCUGGGCUGAUUGUGGGUAUCAUCUUGGUACCGCAGGCCAUCGCCUACUGCUUGCUGGCAGGAGUGGAGCCCAUCUAUGGCUUAUACACUUCAUUUUACGCCAACAUCAUCUACUUCCUCAUGGGGACGUCCAGACAUGUUUCUGUGGGGAUUUUCAGCCUCAUGAGCCUCAUGGUUGGACAGGUGGUGUAUAGGGAGGUGUUCCUGGCAGGUUUUGACCUCAGUGAGGAUUCCAAAGCUCCCGGUCCUGAUGUGUUCAAUGGCUCAAUGGGCGUUAACCUCACGGCAGGUGUGCACACUGUGGAGUUAAUGGGCCUGCAGUGCGGGAAGGAGUGUUACGCCAUCAGUAUCGCUGCUAGUGUUACAUUCAUGGCAGGCGUCUACCAGUUCAUGAUGGCCGUGUUUCGGCUAGGCUUCGUCUCAGUCUACCUUUCGGCCCCCAUGCUCGACGGUUUUGCCACAGGAGCCUCCUUCACGAUUCUGACCGUUCAGGCUAAAUACCUGUUGGGUCUUAAGAUUCCACGUUACCAAGGCUACGGCACAGUCGUCGUCACCUGGUUCAACAUCUUCAGCAACAUUCACAAGACCAACCUGUGUGACCUCAUCACCAGUGUCAUCUGUAUCUUCAUAUUGGUGGGAGCGAAAGAGAUCCAGGAGCGCUACAAGGAUCGUAUAAAGAUCCCUCUGCCGACUGAGCUGGUAGUCGUGGCAGGAGCUACACUGGCCAGCCAUUUUGGGGAGCUCAACAGCCAUUAUGGCUCAAGCGUUUCCGGUCACAUCCCCACAGGGUUCAUCCCUCCCCAGGUGCCCAGCUUUAGUCUGAUGCCACGGGUGGCACUCGAUGCCAUUCCUCUGGCUGUCAUUAGUUUUGCCUUCACCGUGUCGCUGUCUGAAAUGUUCGCGAAGAAAAACGGCUACACGGUUCGUCCCAACCAGGAGAUGCUGGCCAUCAGCUUCUGUAACAUCAUCCCCUCCUUCUUCCACUGUUUCACCACCAGUGCAGCGCUUGCAAAAACCAUGGUGAAGGAUUCAACGGGCUGCCAGACACAGGUAUCAAGUCUGAUCAGCGCCCUAGUCGUCCUUCUCGUCCUCCUCUUCUUCGCACCUUUUUUCUACGCCCUCCAGAAAUGUGUCCUUGCUUGUAUCAUCAUUGUCAGCCUUCGGGGGGCACUAAGGAAGUUCAAGGAUGUCCCGGCAAAGUGGCGCUCCAGCAGGGGUGAUGCGAUUGUUUGGCUGGUCGCCAUGUCGUGCACCGCCCUGAUCAGUGUGGAGCUGGGCCUCCUAGUUGGCGUCGUCUUUUCCAUGAUGUGUAUCAUCUAUAAGACCCAGAAACCAAAAGUCUCUCUGAUGGGCCGGGCCAACGACUCUGAUCUUUACGAGGAUGUGGACGAGUACAAGGACCUCCUGCCACCACCGGGGGUCCAGGUCUUCCGCUUCCAAGCUCCUCUGUACUAUGCCAACAAGGACUCUUUUCUCAAGUCCCUCUACAAAGCUGUCGGAGUCGAACCUUUCCUGGAGCUGACCAGGAGGAGCAAGGCAGAGAGAAAGGCCAAAGAUAUGUUCUUGAAGGAGGCCAAAGCAAACGGGGAUAAAACCAACGGAGAGGUUGUUAUUGGACUUGUCCAAAGAGAACUGGAGUUCCACACGAUAGUUUUAGACUGCUCCGCCAUCCCUUUCAUAGACUCAGCAGGGCUGGCCGCGUUCAAAGGGCUAGUUAAGGAAUAUAAAGAGAUCGGGGUGAGCUUGCUGCUCGCCAGCUGUAACACCUCAGUCAUUGAUACCCUGAGGAAGGGUCGGUUCUUUGGAAAGGAUGACAAAGACAUGAGCAGCUCGCUGUUUCAUACAGUUCACACUGCCGUUCUUUAUGCAAACAGUCGAAAGCUCCUAAGCAAUAGUGCCAUUAAAGAUGAUGCAUAAUGUAGACUGACGGUGCAGUGACGGACCUUUUCCUGAAUUAACAGUUUAAUGUUCAGCAGUGGAAAGUGUCUAAUUUUAACUUGUACAGACUUUGUUAUAGUUUCUCUUUUAGUCUGACUUUGUAUGGAAUUCCUUUGUAUAACAUCUUGCUUUUCAUCCAGCUGCUCUGAUUCAAGCUUACAACAACAUGUUAACUUGUCUUCAGAUCGAGAGUCACCUCUGGGCCUGUAGCAUCGAGUUGGCACCAUAUCAGUCCCCCUGGUGGAGUGCAGAGGCCCUUUAACCUCUGAUAAGUCUCAACAUGGGCCUCAAUAAUCUUUAAAAGACUAAUUCAACUUUUGAAGAAGAAGCGUUCGAAAGAAAAGCUUUGUGCUACUACGUGAUUCUUCAGCUUCAGUCUGACACUGACGGAGCUUUGUCUUCAAACCGUGAUUCUUUACAACACACUUGUACUCUGGCCCUGUUCUCUGGUCUCCACAGCUUCAUGAUCUGUUAUAUAAAUAUAUGGGAUUUACAUACGUCUGAGAGCGAGUCUCAGAUGCUGGAGGAGAACGAGUCAUCACUGGUGCUUCAUGAAAAGUAUAAUUUUGCUGAGUAAACAAAUGGCAGCAGCUGAUUGAGACAUUUUCUCUGUUCAACACUUUUCAUCUGCGGUUUUAGUGUGACGUAUAAAAUGUAGAUUCAAGCAGUUGAAUUUAAAGGCUCAAAGUUCAGGUUGGGAUAAUUCAACAAAGGAUUUGUUUUAACUUUGAUCGUCCAAAAGACGAGCAGGUCAAGUGGCAUUGUAACAAGGU